CACUGGUUCCACAGUACUUACUAACCACUGCUCUGUUCUGUUCACAGUUAUAGGCAUUGGAGACACAGCAGUGAACCGAACAGACAGAAAAAUAGACAAACUUCUUUCAAAAUGUCUACCGUUCACGAAAUUCUGUGCAAGCUCAGCUUGGAGGGUGAGCACUCCACACCCGUGAGUGCGUACGGGUCGGUCAAAGCCUACCCCAACUUCGAUGCUGACCGGGAUGCUUUGAACAUCGAAACGGCCAUCAAGACCAAAGGGGUGGAUGAGGUCACCAUCGUCAACAUUUUGACCAACCGCAGCAAUGAGCAGAGACAGGAUAUUGCCUUCGCCUACCAGAGAAGGACCAAAAAGGAACUUGCGUCAGCACUCAAGUCAGCCUUGUCCGGCCACCUGGAGACCGUGAUUCUGGGCCUCUUGAAAACACCUGCUCAGUACGAUGCUUCCGAGCUGAAGGCCUCCAUGAAGGGGCUGGGCACAGAUGAGGACUCUCUCAUUGAGAUCAUCUGCUCCAGGACCAACCAGGAGCUGCAGGAAAUUAACAGAGUCUACAAGGAAAUGUACAAGACUGAUCUGGAGAAGGACAUUAUUUCCGACACAUCCGGCGACUUCCGCAAGCUGAUGGUUGCCCUCGCGAAGGGUAGAAGAGCAGAGGACGGCUCUGUCAUCGAUUAUGAGCUGAUUGACCAAGAUGCCCGGGAUCUCUAUGACGCUGGAGUGAAGAGGAAAGGAACUGAUGUUCCCAAGUGGAUCAGCAUCAUGACCGAGCGCAGCGUGUUCCACCUCCAGAAAGUAUUUGACAGGUACAAGAGCUACAGCCCUUAUGACAUGUUGGAGAGCAUCAAGAAGGAGGUCAAGGGAGACCUGGAGAAUGCUUUCCUGAACCUGGUCCAGUGUGUCCAGAACAAGCCCCUGUAUUUUGCUGACCGACUGUACGACUCCAUGAAGGGCAAAGGGACACGCGACAAGGUGCUGAUCAGAAUCAUGAUCUCCCGCAGUGAAGUGGAUAUGUUGAAGAUCAGGUCUGAAUUCAAGAGGAAGUACGGCAAGUCCCUGUACUAUUACAUCCAGCAAGACACCAAGGGUGACUACCAGAAAGCGCUGCUGUACCUGUGUGGUGGGGAUGACUGAGCCUGCGGUGGCCCAAGCAUCAAGGAGUGGUGCUCCUAUGCUUCUAGCUAACAGUUCUAGGAAAUCUGCUUGCGGCUAGUGCCCAUCCCUGUGCCCGUCCCUGUGAGGAUGCUGUUAGCAUUGCUUCUGCCUCACCUUAUCUCAGUUGCCUAAGCAUUGCCUAGCUUUCCCAUUUGGUCUCUCCUUUUAGCCAAAGAAAUGAACAUUCCAAGAGUUGGAAGUAAAAUCUAUGAUGUGAAACACUUUGCCUCUUGUGUACUGUGUCGUAAACAGAUGAAUAAACUGAAUUUUUACUUUAGAACCAA